AGUCUGCUGUGCUCGAGGCCGGCAUGUGUGAGCCGGGCGUUACCAGGGGGCAGCAGAGCGCCAGGCGUCCCGGCGGACGGAAGCUGAGGGGGCCCACUUCCUCCUGCGGUGCCCGCUUCCAAGAUGGCGGCGACCCGGCUUCAGCUGCGGGGGGCGGGGCCGGGCAACCGGAGCCGGCGGGAGGGAUGCUGCGAACAGCGCUGGGCGGCUUGCCGAGGCUGCUGAACCGCGGGGGGCCCUGGCAGCCCAGCGUGAGGGAGCUGUGGGACCGCAGAGUCCACCCGGAGGCUGCGAGGAGUCUGCGGGGUUGGGGUUGGCGGCACUCGAGCUCGGGGCCGGGGCCCGGGCGCGCGGAGGCGCUAGGGCGCCUGGAGGCGGCGCACUACCAGCUUGUCUACACUUGCAAGGUGUGCGGGGCUCGUUCCUCCAAGCGCAUCUCCAAGCUGGCCUAUCACCAGGGCGUGGUCAUCGUGACCUGCCCUGGCUGCCAGAACCAUCACAUCAUCGCUGACAACCUGGGCUGGUUCUCGGACCUGGAGGGGAAGAGGAACAUUGAAGAGAUCCUGGCAGCCAGAGGGGAGCAGGUGCGCCGAGUGGCUGGCGAGGGGGCCCUGGAACUACUUUUAGAGGCAGCAGAGGCCCCCACAUCCACUUCUGCUAUAGAAGGGGAUGAGGACAAGGACUCCACCCACCCUGGAAAGAUGGAGCCCAGCUGACUCCCACACCCCAGCGCUGUGGGGCUUCUGCCUUCAGAAGGAUGUUUCAGCCCUGGGCCUCUCUGGACUUGGCCUGUUUUCUAUCAAUAAACAGAUAUCAGUUCCAGA